AUGACACACACAGAAGGACAUCUUCACGAUGCCACGAGAGGAAAGAGCAUCCAUAUAAAACGAAUAGAAAAGAAGGAUAUAUUCAGGCAAGUACCGGAAAGAAGCAUCAUAGGAAUGCCCCGAAAAAGAGACAUCUCCAUAAAAAGAAGGGACUCGCAGAAGAAUAUCUUCCCGGUAAAAUGGAAGGAUAUAGAUAUGCGAAAAUGUAACACAAGGAAGCAUUGUUAUAAUAACCUUCCAGAUACAAGCAUCCUUAAGAAAAUGCCACCAAAAGAGAAGGAAUCAGUGCCGCGGCAGAACGGUACACAUAACAGUGACAUGGCACAAGGACGGCGCAUUGACAGGGAGGGGGAGCAUCAUAAAGAUGCAGGAGAAAAAAGCAUCAUCAUGAGGAGACGACACAGAAAAAAUCGUGAUAAAAAUGCAACAGAUAGACGCAUCUUCAUAGAAAUGCCAGGGGAACUGGUAUCUUCAUCAAGAGGCUCCAAAAAAUGUCAUCAUAGACAGACCCUUCAGGAAAAUUCCGUCAAAGGAAUGCCACAUAAAAGUGUAUCGUCCUGA